AUGGCACCUCCUGAAACAGAUAAUUCAGUUAUUAAUCCUCUUUCUGAAGAACUAAAUCUUAAUGGGGAGCCUAUGAUCGUUACUAAUGAAAAAGAACAUUAUCGUGAUGAUACUCAAAAGAUUGUCUUAAAAAAACCAGAUACACCUAAAGCUGUCGUUUUACAUGCAGUCUUUGGAGGCUUGAGAUCCUAUUUAAUUGCACAUGGAAUUCGUGGUGGAGUAAACUUUUUGUUGAAUUUAUUAACACUAUAUCGCAAAAGGAAAGGAACUAUUGUACGAGCUUUCACUCGUGGAUUCUUUGGUCCUGAUGCAAUUCGAUUCGGUGUAGCAUUUGGUGGAUUCUCUUUCUUAUGGAAACUUAUCAAUAAUGGCUUGCGACAUAUUAGAAAAAAAGAUGAUAAAUGGAACGCCUUUGUCGCUGGGUCCAUUGCUGGAAUAUCAGUAAUAGCAGAAAAGCGAGAGAGAAGAAUAUCAAUCGCACAACAAAUGUUUGUACGGUAUGUACAUGCAAUCCAAGCUCUUUAUAAGAGUGGUCAUACGCGAGAAUAUUUUAAUAUCCCUCAUAUAGGUGUUAUUCUCUUUGCAUUAUCUUGUGGUCAAGUUCUUUAUGCAUACACGAUGCAACCUACAACCAUCCCCCCAGAUUUUUUAAAAUUCAUGAUUAAAACCGCACGUGUUCCAAAAGAUACUUUGGACUUGAAUUUAAAACAUGUUCGUGGAGAGAGCAUAAAUUUAGAUGAUGCGUUGUACAUCGUAACAAAGGGCAAGGGAACAAAAAAUGCGUUUGAGGUUGCAUCAAAUUUGCCACCUAAUCCAAUAGCAAUUCCCUGCGAACUAGUGCACCCUCGAUUUGAUUCAUGUGUUUAUACUAGUAUUGAAAGAUUUCUCCAAGUGUUUAAAACAAUUUGUCCUGUUUAUGCUACACUCAACAUCGUACCAAUGUUUGUUUUUAAAAUAUAUCAAUUCCUAAAAGAUCCAUACACUUUAAUUAGAAAGUGUGUGCAAAAUACGGUUCGGUCGAGUACCUUUCUCGCAGUAUUUGUAUCCACUUAUCAAAGUCAAAUCUGUAUUCAUCGCAAUAUUAUCAAAAAUAUUGGUUUAAAUUUUCAUACCAAAUAUUUAUAUUGGCUUUCCGGUGUGAUUUCCGGACUUGCGAUCUUAAUUGAGCAUAAAAAUAGAAGAAGUGAUUUGACAUUAUAUGUUGUACCUAAGGCAGUAGAAAGUUUGUACAAGAUCAUGUGCCAAAAGAAUUGUAUUUUUGAGUUACAUAGAACUGCUGAAAUUUGGUUUUUCUCAGCGGCCAUGGGUGUUAUAAUGGCAUGCUUUCAACAUGAACCGAAAGUUUUAAGUCCAAUGACAAAAACUCUUUUGCGUGGAUUUUUUGGAAACAAUUAA